AUAUAUAAACAUCACACGACGAUCAGCUAGCUCGACUCUUCCCCAAAGGCCAAAGUCACGCGAACGCAGUCUCUCCAACGCAUACCUAAUCUAGAAGGAAAAUGGCAGGAAUCUCUCAGGAUUGGGAGCCGGUGGUGAUCCGGAAGAAGGCGCCGACCGCCGCCGCGCGGAAGGAUGAGAAAGCAGUCAACGCAGCUCGCCGCACCGGCGCCGAGAUCGAAACGAUAAAGAAGUCAAAUGCGGGGACAAAUAAAGCUGCCUCAAGCGGCACAUCUUUGAACACCCGGAAGCUUGAUGAAGAUACAGAAAAUCUUGCUCAUGACAAGGUUCCUUCGGAGUUGAAGAAAGCUAUCAUGCAGGCUCGAAUGGAUAAGAAAUUGACACAAGCCCAACUUGCUCAGUUGAUAAAUGAGAAACCCCAGAUCAUACAAGAAUAUGAAUCUGGAAAAGCAAUUCCCAAUCAGCAAAUCAUCUCCAAACUAGAGCGUGCACUUGGUGCAAAACUCCGUGGAAAAAAAUAGAACCUAGGGAUCAUGAACCUUGUGGAGUUCUACGUACCCUUUCUAGUCCUUGUAAUGGUGGUGUGCAUGAACUUUAUUAACUUCCUUUUUCUCUGUCACGCGUCAAAUUCUGAUGAAUGGUUUGGCUUUCAUGAUGGUUGUUGAAUCCCUUGACCUUAUGCGCAUAAAUAAAUUGCAGCUCUUAUUAUGA